AAAGGAUUUAAUUCCUUCCUUUUUAGAGCCCAAAACACAAUAUUCUCACAAAAAAUCCGAACAAAGAUAUACCAUAUGCCUCAUUUUUCAUGUUUCUAUGUUUUAAAAACGUGAUGCACCGACGACCGAUUGAUUGAAAACAUGUGUGCAUUUUCGUUUCUUCUUCGUUCAGCAACUUAUUUUGAAGUUUGAUUGAAGGGACCCAUGCUUUCACAAUCAACGGUUCUGCUUCAAAAACCCCUCCCAAACCCCCAUUCAGUAAUCUGUGUGGGUUUUUUUUUUCAAAACCCAACUGAUUGAAUUUCAAUACCCCAUUCAAUUUGCUCACACCUCACCUACCUCCAUGGUUUCCACCACGGAAUUCAUCUGGGUCUGCUUUACAAACCCAAUUGGUUGUUGAAUUUUGUGGGUUUGCUUUAGAAGUUCUGGGUCUGCUACAAAACCCCAUUUUCUGGAUCCAGAUUGCAGCCCACCAUCACCAAAAACUAUGGUUUCUUUGCCUGGAGUGCUACCCAUAUGCCAUUGGUCAAACAGAUUUGCAGCUCCUGGGAAUGCGAAGGCUUUGAAUUGGAGGUCUCAUGGGCAGAAGAGAAACAUCGUCUGUGCUUGUAUGGCGCCUCCCAGGAACUUGCGCACGGAUGGAUUUGCAGCCACAAAAUUCAAUGAUUCAUCUCAUCUAAAGAAUCCAAGUGUUGAUGGAGACCGUGAGGAUGAUUCUGAUGUUCUUGUUGAGUGUAGAGAUGUGUAUAAGUCAUUUGGGGAGAAGCACAUCUUGAGAGGUGUGAGUUUUAAGAUUAGACAUGGGGAAGCUGUUGGGAUUAUUGGGCCUUCUGGCACUGGGAAAUCAACAGUUCUGAAGAUUAUUGCGGGACUUCUUGCUCCAGACAAGGGAGAGGUCUUAAUCCGAGGUAGAAGGAGGCAUGGUUUAAUCAGUGACCAAGAGAUAUCUGGUCUUCGAAUAGGCUUGGUCUUUCAGAGUGCUGCACUUUUUGAUUCUUUAACUGUUCGUGAAAAUGUUGGUUUCCUUUUAUAUGAAAACUCCAGCAUGCCAGAGGAUCAAAUUCACGAGCUCGUUACAGAAUCUUUGGCUGCUGUUGGAUUGAAGGGCGUUGAGGAGCGGUUACCCUCUGAGUUGUCUGGUGGAAUGAAGAAACGAGUUGCAUUAGCUCGGUCUAUUAUUUUUGAUACCACCAAGGAUGCAAUUGAACCAGAGGUGCUAUUAUAUGAUGAACCAACUGCUGGGCUUGAUCCAAUCGCAUCUACUGUAGUUGAAGAUCUCAUCCGCUCUGUCCAUUUAAAAGAGGAAGAUGCACCUGGGAAGCUUGGGAAGAUUGCAUCAUAUGUAGUUGUCACUCAUCAACAUAGUACCAUUAGAAGAGCCGUUGACAGGCUGUUGUUUCUUUAUGAUGGGAAAAUCGUCUGGGAAGGAAUGACUGAUGAAUUCACCACUUCAACAAACCCAAUUGUUCAGCAGUUUGCGUCUGGGAGCUUGGAUGGACCAAUUAGAUAUUAGAGCACAUACUUCAGCAUUUUAACUUAGAACACAUCAUCCAUUCUUGGCUGCCCAUGGAGUCUCCAUUUCAGAAUUUCAUGAGGGAAUGAUUGUUGUUUGCCUUUGCCCAUCUGAAACUGUCUGAUGACAUUCUUGGUCUGAAAGAAAAUCAGGGCACCUGGCGGAUGCCACUCUUGAAUGAAGAGAAACCAAUGGCAGGUGAAACGUUGACAGGACAGAAUCCGUCUUUAUUCUUAUUAUUUUUUUGAUAUGCCAUUUAGCUUGAGAUUCUGUAAUUGGGCAGCCAAGAUUAGGCCCAGUUUUAGGAAGAACAUGCCCAGAAACAAAAAUUUGUUAUAGAGCUGAAUAAUGUUCCAUGUAUAACAUAAAGGUGCGCUGUUUUUGCCCGUAA